GCUGGAACAGGUGGAGGACCGUUUGUCUAACCUUGUUAUAAAUGACAAUGAUUAGCUUGUACCCGGGCAAUUCGAGCCCUGCGUGCUGGAAAUAUAGACCUUCCUCUCGCAUCUUCCUCUUCUUCCUUCGCUGAUUGUGUCUGUUGCUUCUGGGUGUUACAAUUGGUGUCGGAGGUGUCCAAAACUCAAUCUCGAAAUGAAAUCAGAUUCUUCCGAUCCUCCUGAAAUCUUCUCCACCCCAAAAGUCAACCCACAAUCCCCAGCCACAGAACACAUCUUACCGGUGCGAGGAUUACCAACUUUGGACCUAAACAGCGAUUAUGAAAUGUGGAAGAUUCGCAUGGAGUCUCUCUUAUCCGGUCUUACUCCACACGCACAAUAUACUCAGAUAAUGCUAGCAAUGAGUGACACCGCACUACGUCGUGCUAUCGCUGGGGGCUUCUCCGCGUCCAAACCCAUCAGCUACAACUGGCGUGUCCUCGACGAAUGUUUUGCCAAAACCUCCAGCCCUUCGGUGUACAUGCACACCUUUCUCAGCCGCUGUCAAGAGCCCGGCGAAACAGCGUUCGAUUACCUGCAUCAACUCCGCGAGAUGGCAUCGCGCGCAUUUCCCAACCUUCCCAACCCGAACCAAGAUGAUGUUAUCUGUAGCCGUUUUGCCCAAGGUGUCUCAUCAUAUGAGCUCAAGUGCCAACUUCUACGCCAGCCAGCAAAAUCAGUCUCAGAGGCCAUUGAGGUGGUAAAGCGAUUCGAGAGCGUCGAGCAUAUUCUCACUCCAACUGCCAGUACGCCCUGCUAUGCUCUCGGGACCACCGAGCGAAGAACAACCGUCCCAGCACCACGACAACGCCGGCCUAAUGCUCCAUCGUCAAACCAACCUCCAAUUCCGUCCCAGCAGCAUGAUGACCCCAGUAAGUGCUAUUACUGUCGCCGGUUCGGGCGGCGAGCAUGGAAAUGUGGGCAUAACAAAAAACCGCAAGAUAAGAACGCUGGCCUGGCCGUGCUGGAACAGGUGGAGGACCGUUUGUCUAACCUUGUUAUAAAUGACAAUGAUUAGCUUGUACCCGGGCAAUUCGAGCCCUGCGUGCUGGAAAUAUAGACCUUCCUCUCGCAUCUUCCUCUUCUUCCUUCGCUGAUUGUGUCUGUUGCUUCUGGGUGUUACA